CCCUAAAAAUCUCUGGUAGUCAGAUUGGUCUAUCAAUGGGAGAAUCUUCAACUACCGUUUUCUAAUAGCUCUUCGUUUCUCCACCGGAAAAGUUCGAUUUUUUCUCUCCUGUUUACUCCGAAAUCAUGUACUGUAAUUUAACAAGAAGCCAAGGAUUUCCAAUGGCGAUUAGGGUUUCAUUACAACAAACAACACUCAAAAGCUGUUUCCAGUUCUCAAAGUCUUCUUAUUUACCAGUUAAGUUUCAUUUAAACCCUAAAGGAAGAGCCUUUGCAAAUGUUUCGACUGGUUUAGUUAGUUCUCGUCUUAAUUCUAUGAAGAUUGGAAUGUUGAGGAAACCUGAAAGUGUUAGAGAGUUUUCGAGUUUUGAUUCUCAGAGAUUUGGCAAACGAAGUAGUAAUAGUGGUAGAGGGAAGUCAGGAUUAGGAUCCAAAGCUUUCCGAGAUAAGAGAAGUGGCGGUAAUGGCCGUUCUAGUGGAGAUUCAAUUUGGGUGAAGUCUGAUGAGAAACCAGUGGAAGAAAGGUUUCAGAGAGGUGAUAGGCCUUCUUGGGAGAAACGAGAUGGUAGAAGUGAUUCGGUUUCUGAUAGGAGAAGUAGAUUCAGAGGUUAUGGUGAAACGAGGAAUCGAGAUUCUUUUCGUGGUCGAAGAGAUGAUAGAAUCAGUGAAGUGGAAGAAGAAAGUAAGAAAGGUAGUGGGAAUUCAAUUUGGGUGGCUAGUAAUGAUGAUAAACCGGCGAAAGAGCAAUUGCCAAGAGUUAACAACCGGUCAUCUUGGGAUGAUAGAACAAGAGAUCAGAAUUCUUUUAGUGCCCGAGGUGACGAUAGAAUCGCGGAAGAAGUAGAAGAGGAAACAAUGAAUCAUGCCCAUGAAGAUGGUGAUGAAGAACCAGAUAAUACUAGGUGGUCUGAGAUCAAAAAUAGGUUCAAUAGAUAUGAUGUAAGAGAUCAAGGACGUGAUAAUGCAGCAUAUCGAAACUGGAAUAGGCAAGAGAGCUGGGGUAGGAAAACAUGGCAAGAAGCGACUGAGUCAAGUGUGCCUAGGCUGGAGGGUGAAGUGGUUUAUGGAGUAAGUCCAGUGUUGGCUGCACUCUCUGUUGGGAGACGAGAGUUUUAUGCUCUUUAUGUCCAAGAAGGUUUAGAUUUGAGCAGUAACAAUAGGAAGAAGAAAGACAAGAAAGGGUUCGAGAAAGUUUUGAAAAUCUCUGAAAAGCUCGGGUUAAACAUCAAGGAAACAUCGAAGCAUGAUCUUAAUAUGGUAGCUGAUAACAGACCACAUCAAGGAUUGGUGCUCGAUGCUUCACCGUUGGAACUGGUGAAAGUGAAAGAACUAGAUCCGAUUUCAUCAGAGGAAGAGAAAUAUUCUCUUUGGGUAGCUCUUGAUGAGGUCACUGAUCCGCAGAACUUAGGCGCGAUCAUAAGAUCUGCUUACUUUUUUGGAGCAACGGGUGUUGUGGUAUGCGCGAAAAACUCAGCUCCAUUAAGUGCAGUUGUGAGUAAAGCAAGUGCUGGAUCACUCGAAGUUAUGGAACUCAGGUACUGCAAAAACAUGAUGCAGUUUUUAGAAGCUUCUGCUGAGAACGGUUGGCGUGUGGUUGGUGGUUCGGUGUCUCCAAAGGCUGUUGCUUUGAACGAGGUUUUACCCGGCAGCCCGACAAUACUUGUCUUGGGGAAUGAAGGAACAGGUUUAAGGCCAUUAGUAGAGCGAUCAUGUACCGAAUUAGUCAGGAUUAGUGGUAAUAUGCCCAACGAUGUUGCAGUUACAGAGUCUGAUGAUGCAGAAGGUGAAGGCUUCAGAUCAUUUCUUGCCGUGGAAAGCUUGAACGUGAGUGUCGCAGCUGGUUUGUUUCUUCAUCACUUAAUAGGCAACAAAGCAAGUGCUUGAUUCCUCCUUGCGUUCUUCGUAUCAAUUACAUUUUUGCACCAAACUUGGGAUUUGCUCUUUACUUGUAUAACUUUAUGCUCUCAUUCUAUGGCUAUUUUACGAAAAUCUAUUGUUUUCCUAUCAUGACCUGAUCUAUCUAUGCUCGAAAAGCCGCAUUAUCGAUGUUCUAAUGUUGUGUUGCGUCAGUGAAGAGAUACAAACAAAUAAGUAAUUUAGAU